GAUGCCCAAACGUUUCCUUUUCUGUCCACGAGAUGGAACCGAGAGAGGGAGAAGGAUGCAAAAGAAGGAGGAGGCAGCAGCGCAUGUGAGUCUCUCUCCAAAGUCCGGCGCAUUCAUUCCUGGGAGGCUUGUGCACCCUUGAGCAUGGCCGCUCUCCUCCUCUGGCCUUUGCUCUUGCUGGACCUCGCCACUGCGGGCAGCAUGGACGCCUGCUUCUCGGCGCAAGGCCAGGCCCAGCGCUGCCUGCCGUCCUUUGAGAAUGCGGCUUUUGAGAAGCGGGUGCGAGCUUCCCACACCUGUGGCUCCCCUCCGGAGGACUACUGCUCCCAAAUGGGUGCCAGGGGCUCGGGAGCAUCGUGCCAGCGCUGCGACGCAGGGCAGCCCUCACUGCAGCACAACGCCACGCUGCUGACCGACUUCCACGUCCCGGAGGAGCCCAGCUGGUGGCAGAGCCCCACCAUGGCCUUCGGGGUCCAGCACCCCAACUCCGUCACCCUCACCCUCCACCUGGGGAAGGCCUAUGAAAUCACCUAUGUGAGGCUGAAGUUCCACACCAGCCGCCCAGAGAGCUUUGCCAUCUACAAGCGCAACCACAUAGAGGGCCCCUGGGUCCCUUACCAGUACUACAGCGCCUCGUGCCAGGAGACCUAUGGCAAACCAACGGGGGUCUUCCUGAAGCCCGGCCAAGAUGAGCGGGUGGCCUUCUGCAGCGACGAGUUCAGCGACAUCUCCCCGCUGAGCGGAGGGAGUGUGGCCUUCUCCACCCUGGAAGGACGGCCUAGCGCUUACAAUUUCGACCAGAGCCUGCCUCUCCAGGAAUGGGUGACAGCCACCGACCUGCUCGUCUCCUUGGACCGACUCAACACUUUUGGCGACGACAUCUUCCAGGACCCCAAAGUGCUGCGCUCCUACUAUUACGCCAUUUCCGACUUCUCCGUCGGAGGACGGUGCAAAUGCAACGGCCAUGCCAGCCAAUGCAUCCCGGACGAAGAGGGCCGCCUGGCCUGCCUUUGCCAGCACAACACCACCGGGACGGACUGCCAAAUGUGUCUCCCGUUCUACCAGGACCGGCCCUGGGCCCGCGCCACCGCCGCCUCGGCCAAUGAGUGCCUCCCCUGCAAUUGUUCCGGGCGGUCCGAGGAGUGUGUCUUUGACCGGGAGCUGUUCCGCCGCACGGGCCGCGCGGGCCGAUGCCAAAACUGUUGGGGCAACACGGAUGGGCCGCACUGCGAGCGCUGCCUCCCCAAUUACUAUCGCUGGGAUGGACAGGCGGCGUGCCAACCCUGCAACUGCAACCCCGCCGGUUCCUUGAACCCCCAAUGCGACAGUUCAGGGGCCUGCGAGUGCAAAGAAGGCGUCACCGGAUGGAAGUGCGAACGCUGCCGCGAUGGUUUCCAUUCCCUCGGAGAAGGCGGGUGCAGACCCUGCACUUGUGACCCGGCCGGCAGCAACGGGACCUGUGAUCCCAACACCGGACGCUGCCCUUGCAAGGCGAAGGCGGAGGGAUACCUGUGCGACAGGUGCCAACCAGGAAGCUUCAAUUUGCAACUACAUAACCCAUCAGGCUGCACCAGCUGCUUCUGCUAUGGCCACGCGGCGGCCUGCACAGCGGCUCCCGGGUACGAAGUCCACGAGAUCGUCUCCCGUUUCGAUCAAGACCUGGAUGGAUGGAGCGUUGAAACGCCAGAAGGGAAUGAGGUUCUCCUGGACUGCGAUGGAGGCGAGAGAUUCCUGGGGAAACAGGGAGAAGGUUCCCUUGUGUUUUGGGCUCCAGAGCAAUUUCUGGGUGAUCGUCGGCUCAGUUACGGCCAGCCGCUAUCCCUGUCCUUUUGCUUUCGGGGUGCCAUGGAUGAAUCUCCCUUGCUCUCCUUUCAGCUGGUUUUGGAAGGAAACGGGGCCAACGCGAAGAAGGUCCACCAGAAAUCCUUCAGGAACGGCUCCUUCUGCGAAGAACAGACCUUCUGGUUGCACGAGGCGAUGGAAGAGCUUCAUCCUGUCCUCUCCACUUUCCAAUUCCAGCACUUGCUCUCCAAUCUGACGGCGCUUCGAAUCCAGAUGGGAAGCGACCAUGGAUUGGGCCGCAUUUCCUUGACGGAGGUCCGCCUGGUCUCUGCCCGUCCGGGCCUCUCCCUUCCGGCUUCCUGGGUGGAAGAGUGCCUCUGUCCCAAGGGUUUCGUGGGCCAGUUCUGCGAGGCCUGCGCCCCAGGCUUCAGGCGGGAGGUUCCCUUUGGCGGCCCCUUCGCCCACUGCGUACCUUGUUCCUGCAACCAACAUGGCCGCUGCGAUCCUGACUCGGGCCUCUGCCAUUGCCUUGACCACACGGAGGGCCCAUCCUGCGAGCACUGUGCCCCAGGCUUCUUCGGCAACCCUUUCCGCGGACGACCGGACGACUGCCAGCCUUGCCCUUGCCCCGGACAGAGCCCUUGCGCCGCCCUGCCAUCCAGCGGGGAGCUGGUCUGCACCCGCUGCCCUCCGGGACUCAGAGGGAGACGCUGUGAACUUUGCGAUGACGGCUUCUUCGGGGACCCCUUGGGUCAGAACGGGCCCCUCCGUCCUUGCCAGCCCUGCCAGUGCAAUGGCAAUGUGGAUCCCAACGCUGUGGGCAACUGCGAUUCGCACUCAGGGCGGUGCCUCCGCUGUCUGCACAACACGACUGGAGAACAGUGCCAGAGGUGCAAAGAAGGCUUCUACGGCGAUCCCUUGGCUACCGACCCAGCCGCAAAGUGCAGCCCUUGUCAAUGCGACGCCAGGGGUUCCGUCCACGGGCCGGAUGUAUGCGACCCGGUGAGUGGUCAGUGUCCUUGCCUUGCUUCUGUGACAGGAAGGGAUUGCAACCGGUGUCGAGACGAGUAUUUCGAUCUGCAGCCAAAAACAGGGUGCAAACGUUGCCAGUGUCACCCGCUGGGGUCCCAGCACAGCCGCUGUGACCCUUUUACAGGUCAGUGCCUUUGUCAUCCUGGCGUGGAAGGCCUCUCCUGCGACCGCUGCCAGGCCGGGACCUUCGGCUUUUCCUCCCAGGGCUGCCAAGCAUGCAACUGCUCCCAGUUGGGCUCCCUUGCCAUCCAGUGCCACGAAGACGGCAUGUGCAUCUGCAAGGAAGGCUUCGUGGGCCUCAAAUGUGACCAAUGUGCCACGGACUUCUUCCUCGAUCCUGGCAGCGAACAUUGCCAGAAAUGCCCUCUUUGCUACGGCCUGGUGAAGGAAGAGGCGGACAAACUGAAGGCCAGCCUGGCCGCAAUGGAGUCUCAGCUGGAGAAACCCAAUUGCGAGUUGAGAGUUGGCUUUUACUCCGAAAUGCUCCGAGAGGCACCCCGAGGAGACAGUCUCCAGGACCAGGACUUCUGGAAGGGGACCCAGGCGGUUUUCCUCGAAGAGAUCGCUGCAAUGGAGAGGAAGGCGCAGGAGGCCCAGAUCCGGCUAAGGAACGUGAGCGCUGUUGUCAGCUGCGGAGGCCAGAACAGCGCCAAAGCCUGCAUCCUCCUCGCCGACGUCCGGUCGACCCUGGAGUCAACACAGCGAGAGAUCCGCCUGGCGACCCAAACGCUGGCUGCCAUGGAUUUCCCUCUGGAAGUUUCGCACGAGCCGCAAAAUUGGACCCUCCAUGCACUGGAGUCUCGGGAUCUCUCCUGGAGACACAUGGAAGCCGCCGCUUUGGUGGAAGACACUGCAAGGAAGGCGUUGCUUACAUCUAGUGGAAGCCACCUCCUUUUGCAAAGCGUCAUGGAGGACAACGUUACCCUGGAGAUGGAAGAAAGGUACCAUUUGAUCCAAAAGGCACAGAAGGAGUUGGGCCUCAACAUGGAGGAGGCAACAGCCGAAGUCAAGGCAAAGGCAGCGUCCGUCCAUCGGAUCAACACAGAAAUGGGCAAGAACCUCUCGGGCAUCUCCAGCCUGGAUCUGCGCCCCCUGCUGCAGGAAGUGGAGGAUCUUCGCCAAGCGGCUGAGAAACUGCAGGCGAUGGAUGCUUUGAAGAUGGAACAUGUAGUCAGUGGAGCCAUGGACAUGCAAAAGGAGCUGCAAAAGGAACUCCAGAGGAUGCAGCAAGUGGAAGAGCUUAGGCAAAGAGCAAAUGAUGCCUGUCAGCUGGCAGCUUCGUCACUUGCCAAUGGAGAAGCCGUCGUCUCCAAAGCAAAGGAUUUGCUCAGCAACAUGGAAGGGAUGAAGAAACUGUCCAGACAACACAACAAGAACCAAAGGAUCACACAAAUGGCAGCCAGGCCAAACAGGACAAUAGCAGAUGCCCAGAAGAAGGUCCGGCAAACGCAAAGGCUUCUGGGAGAUUCGGCCACCGUCUCGGACAAGGCCCAAAGGAGUGCCAGAGAUGCAGAGGAAGUGAGCAAAGGAAAUGCCAAGGUAGAUGCUGGAUUUGCAUUCCUCUUUCCUGCCUUUCCUGCCCUUCUGCAGCUUGCGCAUGAGACAUUGCUAGUGGCCAAGCAGGAACAGCAAAAGGCCGGCCAGAUACACAGCCGGUUUGCUGCAACCCUGGAAAAAGUCUCCAAGUUGGAACAAGAAGCCAAAGAACUGGACAUUCGGACAGAGGGACCCAACCAGGUUGCAAUGGAGAUGGACGGCCUUGCCCAGACUCUCGGAGAAGCCCGGCUCUCCUUGGAGAGGGACGUUGCGGAUCUGAAUGACCUGCUGGCCAGCCUAGGCCGUGGGGGGCCCUCGGAUGCCACUCUGACCACCGGCUGGACAAAGCUGCAAGGCCUACGUUUGCGCUUGACCUCUCCUGGCCCUUUGGAACGGAAGCUGACCGCUUUGCAGGAGGAGGCCAAAGGGCAGGAGCAGCGGAUGGCGGCCCUGGAGAGCGACCUGGAAGAGAUCCGAGACGAGAAGCGGAGCUUGGAGGCAAUUCUCCAAAGUUUGCCAGAUGGAUGCGUCACACGGAAGUGACCCGCUUAUGUGUUGGGUUUCAAUUAUCUCUAGUACAAGCCUGGGCAAACUUCGGCCCUCCAGGUGUUUUGGACUUCAACUCCCACAAUUCCUAACAGCCGGUGGGAGUUGAAGUCUAAAACAC